CCAGGGCUCGAACCCAUGUUCCCUGCACUGGCAGGCAGAUUCUUAACCACUACGCCACCAGGGAAGUCCCGGGGCUGGGCAUUUUAUAAAGCUUCCCAAGUGUUUCUAAGGUGCUACCAAGUUUGAGAACCACAGUAUUACAUUCACUCUGGGGAUGGUAAGUGAUCUGACAGGAUGCCUUAAUGAGAAUAAAAUCAAACAGCAUCUUCGGGAGUGUGUAAGGACUCUCCCCUGCAUAGUUGCAUUGUGCUGGGGCAUUGGGGCACACAGAAAUGAAUGUAUUUGGAAAACCCAGUAGAGUCAGGGAGAGGGCAGCGGACUAAAGACUUCCCCCUGACAAGCCUGGGCGUUUGGAGAAUCAGAUGUCCACGGGGCUGAUCUGCCUCCCCUUGCUUUGACUGGAGGCUGGGGGGACAGAUAUUUGGAAUAGUGCACCGCCUUGGCACCGUCCCUUUAAUGCUGUUUACUUGGUCCUGCCACCUUUGCGAGUUGCCAGUCUCAAAACUCCCCAGUGCCCCAGCUGAACCUAGCCCUCCGUCUUUCCCCAGGCUCCAAGCUUAUUCUCAGUCCGGCUCUUGCUGCUCACUGGGCAUCCACCCUCUGAAUUUACCCCUUCCUGCUCCCCUCCCCCACCCAGCCAUACACACUUCAGGCCUUGGGGCUGAGGGACCUGCAAGGCAAACAGACAGUGGCUGGAAGGGAGGAUAACAAAUAGAUUGGUCAUGGCUGCGGAAGCUGUAUUGAGACUUCUGCAUUCGGAUCUUGGCUCAGUGGUAGAGUUCUAGAAUCGUCUAGCACUCUCUGCUGUGGGCUUGGGAGGUGUAGUGAUGGUACAUGGGCCGCAUGUUUGCCAUUCCUGGUCUGGUCUGGUAGAACGGUCUGUGAAUGGCAGCCUCUUUGGCAUCUUCCUUAAAGAGGCUUUUUCUUAAAGCCCACUGCAGCCUCCCACAUCUGGUUCACCCUCUGGACUCUGGGGAGCAGUUUGCCGUCUCCCCUUUUUUAUUUAGCCCAGUAAGGCACAUGGCUGAGCCAUGCUCCUCCCCAGCUCCAUUCCACCUCGCCUGUCCUUGCCGGGAAACGUCAGCCACUCCCACAUGAGGAGGUGUAGGUUCUGCCCUCCCCAGGGCAUCUGGGUUUCCUCUGUCCUUACCGUUCAGAUUCUAUUGGCCUUGAGGGGUGGUCAGUCAGAAGUGGGAGGGAAGUUGACUCUGCCUCCUCCUGCUCUUCCAGGGCCCACCUGGAGAGGACCCCCUCACCCUCUGGCCCUGUCCGUCACGCAGCUUGUGGAUUAACUGGUUUUGCACCUCAGCGGCAUCAGAAAUUACCAGCACUUCACACAUCUAGACGGAAGGCACCUCAGCCUGCAGAGCCCCUGGGAGCCUAAGCGUUGGCUCUGCCACCCCUGCCCUUCAUUAGUGCUUAAAGUCAUUCAUUCCUAGAGGGCAGAAAACGCACCUGUGGGACAAGUUUGAGACAGUAGGUCCCAUUUAGAGGUGAUGCCAUGCGGGGCCAGGUGUCCUGAAGUCCAGGGUGGCAGAGCGUCCCCGCCGGGCAGCCUGAGCAGAAGCAGUGCCGGUUUGGGUUGAUUUUGCAAUGAUCCGGAAGGGACGUGUUGAGGGAUGCCCCACGUUUGGAGGCAAGAAUCUGGGCUGUGGUGCCGGGAUGUCUGGGGGCAAAAGGUGCCUCUUUGAGUGGUUUGUCUUGCUCAGGCUAAUUCUGGGAGCUGCCCAGGUGGCCAAGGGAGGCAGGUGUAAGCCAGAAUCCCUGGGUUCCCGCAGGUUUGGGAAGAAAAAGGGGCCUCGGUGACUGAGCCGUGCAUCGGCUCACCUCGCUCUGCCUGUUCCCCACGCGACAUGGUGUGCCAGCGUGGAGCCGGCCAGGCCGGGACCUGGGUUGGGAGCCCACGGUCUUCCCUCUGCUGCCACACACCCGCCAGCGGCUCUGGCUUACAGGCCAGGGGAGGGGGCGGGCAGCUCGUCAUUUUUUCUCCGUGCUGUCCUCCGAAAAGGUCAAGUCUCAGGAUGUGGAGCCGCCUGGGACUCUCACUUGGCAAAAGAGAGCACGAGAGUGGGUGUCCUCCCAGGCAAGGACGGAGGAAGGACUGAGUGACCCUGGGAGAGGGAGAAACAGGCCUGCCUCUGCCGCUUCCUAGAGCCCUCUCCAGAAUUCACCAGUCGCCCCCCGAGCAGAGGGGGAGCCGAGUGGGCAUGCUGGCCCCGAGGCUUGGCCUGUGCUGGUCCCUAGGAGAAGCAGAGGUUGGAUCCCUGUCCCCCGACAAAGGCGAGAGAGUUUCCAGGUCCAGGAGCUGACUGGAAACUUGACCUGCAGUGUCACUAGAGCGACACAAGGGGGCGACAGCUGCCACGGUGGGGCCGUGAGAGGGGAGAGUCCCUUUGCUGCCGUCCGUCCACUUGUACCACAGGCCUGCUGUGAGUGGACCCACACAGACCCCCGCUGCUGAGCUACCUGAUACUCUGGGUGCGGCAGAAGGCAGGCUGGGCGUGAGCUUCCACAUCACCUGGCCCGACCCCUCCCCCUCUCUGAAGAUUGAGGUCCAGUGCAUUGACCUUGACUGGGCUGAGGUCUCACAGCUAACUAGGGGUUAUCUGGGACUUCAGUGCCAGUCCCCUAACUCCAGCAGCAUGUCAGUUUGUACCACAUCACAGGAUCCCAAAGGCUUCCCUGCUUUUGGAGAAAUCCUCAUCCGGCACCUUCCGACCUGCCCUCCGCCUCCCCUCCCCGCUGCCGCCACCUGAAUAAUUCUCUAGGUCGGCAUGGGGGGCAGGACAGCGUGGGCGGGAGGGGGCAAGCCCUGCACCUGCAUCCAGGCUCACCGUCUCGCCUCACUCCUGGGCGAGAUUAGCAGGGUGCACCUCUGGGUGAUGCUAGGCACUCAUUUCUUGCCCCCCUGAACUGCUUCCCCUGUGCUUCACGUGUGGGAGCCCCUGAUGCCCUUAGGAUAUCAUCCUCACCUAGGGCUGCCGUGUGGCUUCUCAGCACGGGCCUGCCGGGCACUCCAGUCACAGGUGGGAAUCUUGGAAGGCAGUUUCAGGUGGAAUAGGGCAGGCCAGAGCAGUGACCAGGUGCCCUUGAGGAGCUAUCAUUCUGCCGUCUCUCCUCGUCUGCCCCCUUCCUCAGCUGAGACGCCAGAGGCAUGAUUAGGUGGUGCAGAGCAGGUUUGAUGAGACCGAGGGCUCUGUGGCCCAGGUGGAGGAGGGAGAGGCCGAGGAGAUGAGCACUCCCACCUGCCGCCCCUCUUACACUCACCUGGAUGCAGGGGAUGUGCCGGCUCAUCUUUCUCUGGCCAUUAACGGUGGCCAGAAGCUUGUAAAUCCAUCAAUUUCAUGUAAUCCUCUGAACAAUCUUGUAGUUGAUUUUAUUCCCAUUUUACAGAUGAGACACCAAGGCUCAGCGAGGUCAGGGGCCUGGCCCAGGAUCAUGCAGCUUACGCUGGAGCCCAAACCCAAGUAUCUUUUCAUAACAUCAGGCUGCCCUACUUACUAGCACUCCUUUCUUCUAUUCUUUUAUUUUCCCAUCACCAAACUGGUAGAGCCUAAGAAGGGGUUUAAGUGCUUGAACCCCUUGAAAUUGAGAGAUCUUUAUCUUGUGUGGGAGUAGAGUGAGGCCCUUGAAAUGAUCUGUGCCCCAACCCCAAGGGAGAACUGCCACCAGGAUCCUAGCCCCAGGAGGAGCAAGGCUGAGCGGGGUGGGGUGGGGAGACCCUUGGGUAGGGAGACUCGGGUUGUAAGGAGGAUGUCAUGUGGCUCCCUGGCUGGAUCUGGAGUGGAGGAGCAAGUCUGGGACCUUUCAUCUUGCUUUCAAAGUGCAGGGAGCAGACGACUCAAGGGACGUGUUCACAGGAGCUCCAGAUAUCACCCUGGAGUCAGUGGGGGGCCUGUGGCCUGGGGGGAGGUGUUAAGGAGGAGAACACAGCGCACGGGGCCUCACGGUGAGAGGUCUGAAGAGAGAGGGAGGGCCCCCGAGCUCUCUCCCUCCACUGUAGAGACCUCCCCGCCGCUUGCACCUGGCCUAGCGCCAGUUCAGAGCUCCCACAUAGAGGCCUCUCCCCUGCCAGGGCUGAACCAAAAUAGCUGUCUAGGAGCCUGGGCCGCGCCGCCCACGCCGCAGCAUCUCGCGGGUUAACAGCUUGCCUGUCUCUCCGCCCCCCUUCCCCAGCUAGCUGACAUUUUACUGGGGCGGGGGUGGUUGUGAAAGGGGGCCCCAGCCCACGCAGACACCCCACUGACGCAACCUGUCAGCCACUCGCCCUCCUCUGAAAGGCAUCCUUUCGGGUGAGACCUUCCUUCCGGCUCCACAGAUAUGGGGUUCCUACCAGGAGACAGUGUAAGGAAUACUUGGGGCUCCAAGGGGUAAGGGGGAGUGCUGCUCCUGGCAGAUGCCACUGCUGAAAUCCACCCAUGGAAGACCCAGGGCCACCCCCCGGAAGCUGUUCUCCCUCUGGGGGCCUUUUUUUUUUUUAAUACUUUAAAAUCUUUUGAAAAGCAUUAAGUAUUUGCCCUGAGGAAAGUAUACAGAAUAACGUUAACACCUACCACUUAGCUUGGUCAAAUCUUACCAUUAUGCCAUAUUUGCCUUAGACAGAGAUGGAGGCCUCCUUGUCUCCCUCCCCAGGAGAAACGACAGUCCUGAUUUGGUUGUUUACAUUCUCGUGCCUGUUUUAAGAUUUUUUUUUCCUGUGUAUGUAUGCAUCCACAGUAACACAUAGUACUGUUUUGUAUGGCUUUGCCCUUGAGUUAAAUGGUGUAUUGUACGUAUUCUGAAUUUAGGUUUUUUCCCUCCAUGUUGUUUCAGAGAUUUAACUGUCUUGAAACACGAGCAGUAGUGUGAAGCCAUUUUAACUGCCAUACACCAUUCCUUUUUGUAACUGUUGACGGACAUUUAGGUUGUUGGUAGUUUUCUUGCCAUUGCAAGUAAUCCUUCAGAGACUGUGCUGGGACACGGCUCCUCGUGUGUUCUGUCCACCAGUGCUUGGUUACAGAGCAGUGUAUCUUCAGCUUAGACAGUUGUAGCCAAGUUGUGCACUAAAGUGGUUAUCCUAAUUUUUAGGCCUCUGGAGUUAUUUUUCUGUCUUUAAAGUUUUGGUAAACUGAGGAAUGGGUUACCAUGAACACUUUCUCUUUCAAGCCCGCAAUAUCCCAUGAGGAAGACAAGGUGGUAUUAUCCCCAUUAAUCCGAUGAGGAAAUUGAGGCCCAGCCAGGGUAAGAGACUCAGCUUGAGGUUGCGUAGCCGGUCAGAGGCAGGACACCUCUGGACCUUUGAGUCCAAAUCCUCGGAAAGCACCUUUGACCCCUGUGACCUCUCAGGAAGAUUGGAGGCACAUUUUCUGUCUUCGAGGCAGGAAAAAGAAAAACAAAAAAACCCUGUGUGGAGUGCAUGAAGCCUGGGAGGCCGAGUGGGGCCCUGGGGGCUGACAGCUGAUUCUAAGAAGAUCUUCUAGUAGAUGGAGGAGGGAGCAACUUGGUCAGAAGAGUCAGAGGGGGAGUUAAAUUUUGAAUGAGGGAUAAGGGGGAAUGCUGCUCCUGGCAGAUGGGGAAUGGGAGCCUGCUGCAGACACAGGAGAAGGCAGCAAGAGGGACCAGUCACAAGAGAAGAGGGACGUGGGGGCCAGCAGGGGCUUCGUAACGCUCCCAGCAAGGUGUUGCGAGACUCAGAGGGAGACAUAUCGGCAUUCCCAUCAGGGAUCGAUUUCACUAUGUGCCUCUGAGACACAGGAGCUCAGCCCACACCAGCAACUUGUCCACCCAAGGCUGGCAGGAAGGCCUCCAGAACUGGCCAGCCACUGGGUCACUGCGCUGGCCCACAGCCCUUUGCUCUCAGCGUGAUCCUCGAGGCUGAGCCUGGACCAUUCACCUUUCCCUCCAUUCACUCUUCAAACCACAUCCAGCACUUCUAGACCCUGGGGAUGCAAUUAUGAGUAACACAUGGUCCCAGGGGCGCACGGUCUGGUGGGGGAUACCAAGCUGCAAACCAGCGCUGAUGGCCCAGAACAACCAAGAGAGGGCCUGAGCGUGGGAGCAGCUAGCGCCCGGGAGAGGAGGCUGGGGAGAACUUUCCGGCAGAGCCGAUAUCUGAGCCAGCUCCGAAAAUAUGAGAGGAAAAAGAUGAAGGAGCAGAAGAAGAGAAUGGUGUUCCAGGCAGAGAGACUGUCAGGUGCCACACACACAGGCAGGAAGAGACCCCUGUGCGUUGCUUGACAGACGCAUCUAGAGGUAGAGUGAGGGAUUGAGAGCACAGACCCGGAGCAGACUCCUAGGUUGGAAUCCCAGCUCUGCCACUUACUAGCUGCGUGAUCACAGGCAAGUUGUUUAAUCUCUUUGUGCCUCGGUUUUCUGAUGUAUAAACUGGGGAUAAUACUACUAUUACAUUUUAUGAAUAAAAAAAGUUAGUAUUUGUAAAACACUUAGGACGGUGUCUGGCACAGAGUGAGUUAUGUAUUUGUCAAGUAAAAUGUAAAAAGUAUGAAAGCGAGAUGGGAGAGGAGGCCGAGAAGCCUGUUGACUGCCAGGCCCAGGCCUUUGCAUUCUGUUCCCUGACAGUAGAGAGCCAUUGAAGGAUACGUGGACACUUUAGGAUGAAUUCUGGUGGCAGUAGGAGCAUGGUUUAGAGGGGAGGCUCUAAAGGCAUGAGCCGGUCAUUAAUUCCACAGACAUUUCUCCAAGGCCUACCAGGAGCCAGACCCUGAGACAGGGACUCAGGAUACAAGGAGAGAGAGACUGGGGAUGUUUCAGCAAGGAGCUCAGAGCUGGGGUCCUGGCCUGCCCCCCACCCCACGGCAUCUGAGGCAACCGCUCCUCUCCCCUCCUUGCCCACAUCUUCACCUGUGACUUCAUGUCACCAAACCCUGUUGCCGGGUUUCAUAAGGAAAGCCUUGGAGAAUGUGGAGUGGGCAGUGGCACCCAGCCCGGAAAGGAGCCUCAGCUGUCACUCUCUGGGUCCUCUGGAGAGGAGGCUGCUGCCAUCCCCCUGUGCCCAGCAAAGAGAAGUAGCCUGGGCCUUGUGGUCAGCCCUUGGGUGGGGUACCCGAGGUGGAGGAAGCCCUUCUCCUCCCCUUACGGCUCUGGUCCCUCCCCGACGGAAUUCCCUGUUCCUUCCUCCUCAGCCCAUCAGCAGUAAACACUGGACUCACUGCCAGGCAACGUGCUGAGCUGCCCAGGUGCACUAGAUCUGGCCCCUGGCCCCCCAGGAGCUUGUCUGGUGGGUGGGAGGAACGAGGCAUAUGGAUUGGAGAGAAUCAGGACUUCCAGGGGUCCCAUGGCAUAGGAGCCAGAUGGGUGGUGUGGAGUCAUCAGUGGGAGUGAGGUACUCUUGGCUGGGGCAGCUGUGAGCAGGUGGGAUUUUGAUACGAGGUGAGGAAGGAGGCCGGUAUUCCAGGCAGAAGGUAUGCCAUGUGCAAGGACACAGCAGUGAGCUUGGGCUCAGCCAGAUUAGGGGGCAGAGAAUAAGUUGCCUUGGUUAGCACCAAGGGUUGUAUCAAGGCAUAGGAAGUUGAGUUAGUGCCACAUUGCAGAAGCCACGUUUGCUAGGCUAGAGGAUUUAGAAUUUAUUCUGAAUCAGUGGUUCCCAAAGUAUGGUCCUGGGGUUGCCCUUGACCCUUUCAGGGGAUGGUUGAGGUCAAAACUGUUUUCAUAAUAAUACUUUCAGAGCUGCCCUAGUUUGUGUCCUUCUUACUGUGUUGAUAUUUGUACUUAUUGUAUAAAAGCAACUGUGGGUAAAACUACUGGAGCCUCGGCACCGACAAAGGCAGUGGCCCCAACAUAGACUUGUAGCCAUUGUAUUCUUCACACUCACAACAAGAAGAAUGCAGUUAAUAUAUUAAUCUUCUAAAGCCUAAAUCCUUGAGUACACUUUUUUAAAAGUUCUGUGUGAAGAAAUGUGAAAUAUACAUACAGUACUUUUGCUGCAAACCGAACUAUGAUGGCUGUCUUGAAAAAGCACUUCUGUGACUGAGUUGCGAGCCCUACUCGUCCUUUUUUCGUUUUUUUAAGGAACACCAUUUAAACUUGAAGGAGCACCUGACGACAGACAGAACUCUUCAGAUUUGGGUAUUUAGCAGACGUUUUCUCAAAAAUGAAUGAAGUGAGCUUGUCACUUCAGAAACAGUAUCAGUAUUUGUUGCUAUUGAUAAAAUUUGAGUGAAAAUUACAAUUUUGGAAACUUUGUUCCAGUGUGUGGAGAUCUGCCUAACUCAGGAAACCAGUAUUUUCCAAUGACCUAUGCUUGAUGUUUCAAAAUUCAGAAUGCAAGACAGACCAGUGAAAAGUUCAGAUUCCACGUGGCCACUAACCUUUAAGAAACUACCACUUGUCAUGUUUGGGUGUAGUAGCAGAGAAGAACAUCCAGAAUUGCGUGAAAAGGCUAUUAAAAUGCUCCUUCCUUCUCUAACUGCCAGUGGGACGCAGAAUUUUCUUCAUGUACUUCAACCGAAACAACAUAUCACAACAGAUUGACUGCAGAGGCAGAUGUUAAAAUCUAGCUGUCUUCUAUUAAGCGAGACAUGAGAAAUUUGCAAAAAUUAAAACAUGCCACCCUUCUCACUACUUUUCGGUUUUAGAAGAUACAGUUUAUUUUUCAUAAAAGUAUGUUAUUUAUAUUAACAGUUACUGGGUUUAUUGUUUUUCAACAAAUGAAUAAAUAGUAUUUUAAAUAUUUCUCAGCUUUAGUUUCUAAUAUGAUCAGUGUUAAUAGCUAUAACCCCCAUAAACAAAACCGUUUGGGGAGCUUCAAUAAUUUUUAAGAGUGUAAGGGGGUCCUGGGACCAGGAUGUUUGAGAGCUGCCACUCUAGAUCCUAGGGGCUAGGAGUGUUAACGGAGGGGUGGCGUUCUAGGCAGGAUGGGUGUGACAUGGGCUGGCUGGCUUCUGGAUCUGACAGGCCCCCGUGGCAGGGCUGGGAAACCCAGGAUCAGGAGGCUCCGCUCAGCCACUUGUGAGCUGUGGGCAGUCACGGGCCUCCGUGAGCCUCAGCUGCCCUGGGGGUUCAGCUGGGAGCAAAAUGCCCCUUGCACAGGGGAGUUACAAGCCUCCUGUCCGGCAGUGCUUGUGGAAAAGUGCUCAGUAAGUCGUGAAACACGCCACAGAUGCUUAUUUUUGCGGUUAUUUUGUCUGAAGCCGGUGCUUAGCUGUCUCAGCUGCUUUCCUCAGAUCCCGGAAUACCUGUCCAGUGGGUGCGAGAGGGUGUAGGGUGACCUGCCUCUUCUCCCCGCAACCCUCCCGGAGCUGAGGCAGGGGCUGAGCUGUACCGGGGGCCGCGUGGAGGGGAGGCUACUGAGCUGUUGCUCAGCCGGCCUCUGGGGACUUUGGGAAGAGAAGCCAGGAGGCGAGGCUCGUGCGCGAGUGUGUGCCCGCCCACUGCCUCCUGCUUGCACUGCUGGGAGAGGAAGUGCAGUCACUUACCGAUAGGGUUAUUUUCAUAACGGCCGUCUCAGGCGUGGGGGAGGAGGGUGGCGAGGGGGAGGGGCAGGGGAGCAGCCACAGCAGCUCACUCCCCAAACUAGGACUUGCUCAGCCGGAGGCCGGCCUGGAGCUGGAGCGGAGCCGGGGCUCGCCUGCCCCCCACCCCCGCCCCCAGGACCCCAGCCCGCUGGCCCACCUCCUGCCUGCCGCCCUGCCUUCCAGAUCAGCCACCCGCCUGCCCCUGCCAUGGAGACCUUCUUUAGGAGACACUUCCAGCGGAAGGCGCCAGGCCCUGGAGAGGGGCAGAGGCGGCCCGGCGGCAUGGGGCUGCCCACAGGCAAGGCCCGGCGCCGCUCGCCUGCAGGGCAGGCCUCCUCCUCGCUGGUCCAGCGGCGCCGCUCCAGCGCACAGCUCCAGGGCUGCCUCCUGGGCUGUGGGGUGGGGGCCCCGUGCUCCAGCCGCCGGCGCUCCAGCACCGCGCCCCCCGCCUGCAACCCCCGCUUCACCGUGGAUGAGGUGCCUGCCCUGCAGCCUGCCACUGUUGGGGCCCUGCGUCUGGGCGCACCCCUGCUCUUGGCCGGGCUCUUGGGCAUGGAUGAGGAGGAGGGGGUCCAGGAGGAGGAUGUGACAGUUGCGUCGUUGGCGGCCACCCAGCCAGGCACCAAGAGACGGGGGCCAUCCCCGCAUCGGGGAGCCCUGCCCGUGCUGCCCAUUCCCCGCUGGCGCCGGCGCCGGGCCUCCUCCCACCUGCUGCCCGCUGACGUGGUGAAAGACCGCGCCCUCUGGGGCCUGCACGGUUACUACCGGCCCCUCAGCCCGCAGCGGCCCUCAGGCCAGCACCUCAGCCUGGGGGGCCGAAGAGCCUCGGGCACCGCAGCUGGCCCCAGGAUGCCUGCCUGCGUGCGCCCGCUGUCCCGCAGACGCCAGGUAGCCCUGCGGCGCAAGUCAGCCGGACCCCAGACCUGGAGUGCCCUGCUUGCGAAAGCCAUCACCAAGUCAGGCCUCCAGCACCUGGCACCCCCUCCUCCAGCUCCCGGGGCCCCGCGCAGUGAGCCUGAGCGGCAGAUCCGGAGCACUGUGGACUGGAGCGAGUCAGCGACGUAUGGGGAGCACAUCUGGUUUGAGACCAACGUGUCCGGGGACUUCUGCUAUGUUGGAGAGCAGUACUGUGUAGCCAAGAUGCUGCAGAAAUCAGUGUCCCGGAGGAAGUGUGCAGCGUGCAAGAUUGUGGUGCACACGCCCUGCAUUGAACAGCUAGAGAAGAUAAAUUUCCGCUGCAAGCCAUCCUUCCGUGAAUCAGGCUCCAGGAACGUCCGUGAGCCAACCUUUGUGCGGCACCACUGGGUACACAGGCGACGCCAGGAUGGCAAGUGUCGGCACUGUGGGAAGGGCUUCCAGCAGAAGUUCACCUUCCACAGCAAGGAGAUCGUGGCCAUCAGCUGCUCCUGGUGCAAGCAGGCAUACCACAGCAAGGUGUCCUGCUUCAUGCUGCAGCAGAUCGAGGAGCCAUGCUCCCUGGGGGUCCACGCCGCCGUGGUCAUCCCACCCACCUGGAUCCUCCGUGCCCGCAGGCCCCAGAAUACCCUCAAGGCAAGCAAGAAGAAAAAGAGGGCAUCCUUCAAGAGGAAAUCUAGCAAGAAAGGGCCUGAGGAGGGCCGCUGGAGACCCUUCAUCAUCAGGCCCACCCCGUCCCCCCUCAUGAAGCCCCUGCUGGUGUUCGUGAACCCCAAGAGUGGGGGCAACCAGGGCGCCAAGAUCAUCCAGUCCUUCCUCUGGUAUCUCAAUCCCCGGCAAGUCUUUGACCUGAGCCAGGGAGGGCCCAAGGAGGCGCUGGAGAUGUACCGCCGGGUGCACAACCUGCGGAUCCUGGCCUGUGGGGGCGAUGGCACGGUCGGCUGGAUCCUUUCCACCCUGGACCAGCUGCGCUUAAAACCACCGCCACCCGUUGCCAUCCUGCCCCUGGGCACCGGCAACGACUUGGCCCGCACCCUCAACUGGGGUGGGGGCUACACCGAUGAGCCCGUGUCCAAGAUCCUCUCCCACGUAGAGGAGGGCAACGUGGUGCAGCUGGACCGCUGGGACCUACGUGCUGAGCCCAACCCCGAGGCGGGGCCUGAGGAGCGAGAUGAGGGGGCCACCGACCGGCUGCCGCUGGAUGUCUUCAACAACUACUUCAGCCUGGGCUUUGAUGCCCACGUCACCCUGGAGUUUCACGAGUCUCGAGAGGCCAACCCAGAGAAAUUCAACAGCCGCUUUCGGAAUAAGAUGUUCUACGCCGGGACAGCCUUCUCCGACUUCCUGAUGGGCAGCUCCAAGGACUUGGCCAAGCACAUCCGCGUGGUGUGUGACGGGACUGACCUGACCCCCAAGAUUCAGGACCUGAAACCCCAGUGCAUUGUUUUCCUGAACAUCCCCAGGUACUGUGCGGGCACCAUGCCCUGGGGCCACCCUGGGGAGCACCAUGACUUUGAGCCCCAGCGGCAUGAUGAUGGCUACCUCGAGGUCAUUGGCUUUACCAUGACAUCCCUGGCAGCACUGCAGGUGGGCGGGCACGGCGAGCGGCUGACACAGUGCCGAGAGGUGCUGCUCACCACGUCUAAGGCCAUCCCAGUGCAGGUGGAUGGUGAGCCCUGCAAGCUCGCAGCCUCAUGCAUCCGCAUCUCCCUGCGCAACCAGGCCACCAUGGUGCAGAAGGCCAAGCGGCGGAGCGCCGCCCCCCUGCACAGCGACCAGCAGCCAGUGCCGGAGCAGCUGCGGAUCCAGGUGAGCAGGGUCAGCAUGCACGACUACGAGGCCUUGCACUAUGACAAGGAGCAGCUCAAAGAGGCCUCCGUGCCGUUGGGCACCGUGGUGGUCCCGGGAGACAGCGACCUGGAGCUGUGCCGCGCCCACAUCGAGAGGCUCAGGCAGGAGCCCGAAGGUGCUGGAGCCAAGUCUCCGACGUGCCAGAAACUCUCCCCCAAGUGGUGCUUCCUGGAUGCCACCACUGCUAGCCGCUUCUACAGAAUCGACAGGGCGCAGGAACACCUCAACUACGUGACCGAGAUCGCACAGGAUGAGAUUUAUAUCCUGGACCCUGAGCUGCUGGGGGCGUCUGCCCGACCCGACCUCCCAACCCCCUCUUCCCCUCUCCCUACCUCGCCCUGCUCACCCAGGCCCCGGUCACUGCCAGGGGAUGCUGCACCCCCUACAGGUGAAGAGCUGAUCGAGGCUGCCAAGAGGAACGAUUUCUGUAAGCUCCAGGAGCUGCACCGAGCCGGGGGCGACCUCAUGCACCGGGACGAGCGGGGCCGCACGCUCCUGCACCACGCCGUCAGCACCGGCAGCAAGGAGGUGGUCCGCUACCUGCUGGACCACGCCCCCACAGAGAUCCUUGAUGCUGUGGAGGAAAACGGGGAGACCUGUCUGCACCAGGCCGCAGCCCUGGGCCAGCGUACCAUCUGCCACUACAUCGUGGAGGCCGGGGCCUCUCUCAUGAAGACAGACCAGCAGGGCGACACUCCCCGGCAGCGGGCUGAGAGGGCUCAGGACACGGAACUGGCCGCGUACCUGGAGAACCGGCAGCACUACCAGAUGAUCCAGCGGGAGGACCAGGAGACGGCUGUGUGAGGCCGCUGCGCAGCAGGGCGACGGGCCACCAGAGGACCAGCCCCUCCUCGCCCACCUCACUGCCACAUUCCAGGCGGAGGGCCACAGAGGGACCCGGGACCCAGGACCCAGGGAAGGAGCCCUGUGCUGCUCCCUGUGGAGCUGCCCAGACCUAGGGCUGGACUCUGAGGAGCUGGGGGCCAGGGGCUGGGGUGGGGUCUCACCCGGCCCCCUGAGGCCACAGCCUGACCCAGAGGCUCACAGGGGACCAGGAGACUGGACUGGGCUGGGCAGACCAUUGGGGGGGCUGGGGGGGCCCUCACCUUCCCUGCAGUGGGUGCCGUGGAGUUGAGGGCCCACAGCCCGGAGGCCCUGUGAGGGAGCCCCCAGGAAGACGCUUCCUAAGCCUCCGGGUCCUUGAGGACCCUCACUCUGAGGCUCCUGGGAGCUUGGGCCCCUCUCCCGCCCUGACACCCCCCCCCACCCCCGCCCCCAGGGCUUCUUCCCGAAUACACGGAGCCUGCUGCAUCUGCCUGCCCGCUGCCCUGCUUAGCACCUACCCGGUGACCCUCCUCCCAAACCCAGUCAUUUCACCUCCGACUGUGUGGCCUGGGGGGUGGGGGUGGGGGCUUUCACGGUGACAUGUUUACAGCUGGGUGUGACUCAGUAAAGUGGAUUUUUUUUCCUU